AUGUUUUCCUACCGCCCCCUAACCACCAGAAUACCUACCGUCCGCCCGCUUCGCCCUCCUUCUCUGCUGCCAACGCGAGUGCCGAAACCGCGACUCUUCACCCAGAACUCUCAGCUCCUCCUCCUCGCCCAGCAACGAUCCGCUCCUCGACCUCAAUUGCCGUAUCUCUCCCCGCCGAUUCAGACACAGCAGCACCUUCAUCCGCUCAAUCAACAUGUCAUUCGUCUCUUCAGUACAGAGACGAAGCGCUACGUCAAGGAGCAGGUCUGGCUGGCCACAAAAUGGACCGCCAUCCUUUGGACCUUCAUAUUCUUCGGCUCAGUGCUGUGGUACGGUAUCAGCAUUGAGCUGGAAGAGCAUGACAAUCCGACACCUACAGAGUGGAAGUUCUUCACCCGACGCGCUCUGAGAGCUGCCCGGGCGCUUUCGUCGCGGGAGACCGCCGAGCAAGUUGGCUUUAUCAACUGGCCCGCCGUCCACGCGCAUUACAGGGAACUUCUCACCCGGCUGGAGAAUCCGCACGGCGAGGGUAAAGGGCUCGUGGAAGGUGCGGGCGAGGGCGAGGAAAUCAUGAUCGAGGGGGUCGGUCGUGCUGGAUUCGACAUCUCCGCCAAGAGCUGGCCGUGGAGGGCGGGCUACUUCGAAGCCAUCAUGGGCUGCGCUACGGCAGCCGAGCAUCUUGAUUCGAUGGUUUUGGACAAUUCGAGAGGCAUUGUAUUCCCAAGGGCCGUCAUGAUCGGGCCAAGCAAUCCCGACCCCAGGCCCACGCCGCCUUACAUGAAGACUGCGCCAAGAGAGGAGGAUUGCACCAGGCCAUGCGAUCCGCCAGAGACAUACUACAUGCGGAUACUCACUGGUCGGGGAUUCACAACCAAGCAAAAGAUGAAGGCUGCAAGCGCUUAUGCGAAUUGGUUGGAAUUCAAAGGCUUGCGGGAAAGCGCGGAGGAGAUGUACAAAUGGGCCGUCGACAUUGCCAAGGAUGCGCUGGAAGUUGAUCCUGAGCAAGUCCUGGAUACGAAGUCUGGAGUUUUGAAACAGGCUGAUGGGACUGCCUCGCACAUAACCCCAAACCUGUUAAGGGCGACGACAGAUUUGGCGACCUUCAAAGCUCGCUCCGGAGAUGUCGCUGCCGCACUUCCCAUCCUAUUAUCCGUAUUGCGCGCCAGGAGGACGGCACCUGUUUCGCUCUUCCCGCCACCCUCACAGGUCGCUUCGGAUGACUCUGGCUCUGGGGUCAGCAAAACCAUAUGGAAGAUAUUUUCAACCGCCAGGUUUCCCGACCCUCCUCCGUCGGGUGACAAUUCGCUCAUCCGCAGCACUGAAAAGCCCUCUUGUGAGGAGAGCGAGCUGAUGUUAUACAUUGGCGAGAUCCUCUUCGCGACCUCACCAAAAUCUGACGAAGGACUAGGAUGGACGAGACAAGCAGCGAACAUCGCCGACAUCAGCUUGGGGAACCGGGCGACACCUUCCUCCGAUUUGGGUUCAGCGGAAGAGACAAAGAAGUGCAAGGAGUGUCUACUUACUGGCGUCAGCAACUGGGAAGCCAUGCUCAAUCGGCUGGCCUCACAGGAGCAGACAUCCCCGAAGAAAGGGUGGUUCAACUGGGGAAGCACUAGCUCGACAUCCGACCGUCUGGUGGAACUUGCGGAUGAUCAGAGAAGAGUUACUGUCUUGAAAGAGCGCAUUGCCAGGGAGGGCAUCUUGGCUGAAGUCAAAGGCCACAGUAACCCGUCUGGCAUUUGGAUUGGCUGA